GUGGUCGACGGCUGAAUAAGACGUUCAAAAUGUCUAAGCUGUUUGUGAUUGUUCUGGUGACCACUUAUUGGGUUUAUUUUAUACAUAGUGAAGUUGUAAAACGAGAAGUAUGCAAGGAAAACGAGAUUACCGUGGAAUGCGCGCACUGUGGGCCAAAAACAUGCGAAGACUUGGGCCACCCUGUACCUUGUGGUGGGGCGACGUCAUUGUGCAGGCCGGAAUGUGUGUGCAUAGACGGGAUGGUACGCGAUACUAAUGGGACUUGCAUACCGAAGAAGGACUGUUGUGAGAAAAUUUUUGUUCCACAAACUCCUAAAGAAGAAUUCCGAGAACUUGGGAAUUUGGAGGGAAAAAUAUUGAAGAAUCAAGUUCUACCCUCGGAUGUAAUUAAGGGAUAUUGUAAUGAAGACUGACCAGCUAAGUGAGAAUUGUAUAAAAUAAAUCUUAAGCUAAGAAAAAUAAACGUAAAAAUAAUUAGCA